AACCAAAGCUCUGAAAAUGCCAAUGUCAGCCAUGGAUGAGAGACCCAAAACCCUAAGGAGCGGGAUCUCUCUCAAACCUAAAUAUGCUGUUCAACAUCGCUCGGACAUGCUCAUUGCAGAGCAGAUGGAAAAUGUUACAGAGAAACAAGAGACCUUGUACAAUCUUCUGACAGAUUUAGAGAAUGCCAAGACUGAGGAAGAAGUUGAUCAACUGAGAGCAGAAUGUCAGGCCCUGAAGGAGAAAUCUGAUGCUUCACUCAUUCUGUUAAAUAUUCUGUACAAAAUAAAUCAUGAGCUGCAGUAUGCUCGUAAAGAUUUGGAGGAGGCUCUUAAACAUGCGGGAGGUGACAUAUUGGCAGCCAGAAAGAGAGUCAUGUGGUUGGAGGAUCGCAUGGGGACAUUGUGCGGAAAAGUUCGUCUCAGAGGUCAGCCUGUUUCUCAAAGAGUGUCCCAUCGGACCAGAGGUUCUACUGAUCGUGGGCAGCUGACUCUGACUUUUAGAUCAGACAGUGAUGUCAGCGAUGAAGAAGACCGAUUUCCAAGACAGAAGUCUCUACCUCCAAUUCGCCAAACACAGGAUGUUGACUCUGAUGAGGAAGACAACAGGGGCAGGGGUAUGGCAGGUGGGCGGGGUCGAAUGGUGGAAACACCCUCCAUAAGUGGAUCAGAGGAUUUCCAGGAUAUGCAAAUGAGACGACCAGGAAUGAUGUACACUCCUUCCUCAGAGGCAAGUUCCUCCAUUUCUCCUAUUAAAAUGGGUAUGAUGCAGCACCAUGGGCCAAGGUAUUCUGAUGAUUCUGAUGAUGAAGACUCUAGCCCUCAGCCCAGCCCAAUCCCCAAGAAAGGACCAGUGGCAGUAGAGGAGAAGAGGGAAUCGAGUGAAGGAGGGUCUGAGGCAGAGGAUCACAUUGGGGAACUGCCAACUAUGUUUAGUAGGGACAAGCGGGAGAUUAGUGCACCCCUCAGGCACUCAUCACCAGAGAUAGUCUCUCUGCCCAAACCAGUCAUGGAAGAACAGCCAACAGUUAAGGAGGAAGAGCCCAAAGAAGAACCUGAAGAAAAGGUUGAGGGAGAACAAGAGGCAGAAUGGAAGGAAUUGGAGGAAAAGACGGGGGAGGAAGCUCCAAAGGAGGAAACCUCAGAGGAAAUCGUGGCAGGGGAAGGAAGUGAAAACAUCCCACAGGAAAAGACAUUUAUAACUGAGGUGUCUGUGGCCACAAAUAAAAGCAGAGUCACCAUUGUGUCUCCAAAGAGAGAAGACACUCGACAAGGAAAAAUUUACAAGCAAAAAUGUUACAAGCCAGCAUUCCUGCGUGAAAUAUCUGAGGAGGAGCGUGACCUACUUAUGGAGUACUGGCAGUCUGAGCACCAUCGAUUCGAGUACGGACCGUUUUCUGAUGUUCUUACACAGUUAGAUCCCCUGUCUUACCACCAGAUGGGGCUAGCUGUGCCUGGAAGCUUUCUGGAAAAAUACACAAAGGAAUUUGAAGCAUUGCCAUGGAAUGUCCCUGAAGACAAAAAGUCAGGAGGAGACAUUACAGAUAUUCAUAAAAGGGCUUUAGACAAACUUGCUGUGAAAGUUCAUCAAAUGUAUAACAAAGUGUUUCAAGCCACCAUGCUGUCUGUUCGGCCCUCUAAGAGACCAACAGAGGGACAAAAAGAAGUCAGCUUCUUCCAGAGUAUUGACCACUUGUCAACCAAAGAACCUACAAUGUCGUCAUCUCUUCUUGGAGCUAAGACUGUAGCUUCCAGUACUACAGCUGAGGAUAAGACCAGACCGACAACUAUACAGACUGUGUCUACUGUAGAGAUUCCCAAACUAGAGACUCGCAGACUGGGGACGUCCAAGUCGGGCCGACUGGUGUACUACCCCAAACCCAUCCCUCCCCCAGAGGUCCUGCCGCUCACCAGAACAACAACAGGUAAAGAAUAUCCUAGACUAGCUAACAACUUCCUGGCAGAUGGAACCAAAGUAAAGAGACGAAAACCAGCAGUGCGUAUCGUAGACCAGCGGAACUUGGCUCAAGAGACCAAGCUUACUCUGUAUAAGGAACGAAGUCGGGGUAGAGUUAAGGGCCCUAGUACCACUGAACAGAAAUUCAGGCUCAUGAUUGCGAGAGAAAAGAGUGCAACCAGUAGCACUAGAACAGAAGCUGUUCGGAAACUGGGACUUUCCAAGACCCUAACCAAUAUAUCUCAAGAUGAAGUUGACCUUGAAAUAAAACACAUUAGUCCUGAAGAUGACGAAGGUAGCGAAGCUGGUAGUGUGUGGAGUAGAAUCAAACCCAAAAGUAGAAACAGAGAGUACUCCGGUCUGAAGUGGGAGAGAGUGAAGACACUGGUUCAUACAAACCUUGUAUCCAAGAGACCUGAUGAAAGAAUUGAUGCUGCUAAGCACCUUGGCUUGCUACGAUGUGGAGAUGCCAUGGUGUUUUAUGGACUGAAGGAAAGAAUGAAGAUGGAUGAAGAUGAUAGAGUGAGAUAUGAGGCAGCUAAGUCACUCAUUCUUGUUGGUUGUUGGGAAGAUGAUGUUCAACAAGUCAUACUAAAGUAUUUAGUCAUAGGGAAUGUAGAUAUCAGACUAGAUCUCAUAAAAACCAUGAUUGAUGGCAAAAAUGUACAAUAUGUAAAUAAGAAAACCAACACAUUCCCUGAACUGGUGAAAGUCCUUAGCCAUUUCUGUAGCAACCCUGCAGCAAACGACCCAAUUGCAUUGGAAGCUGCUGUGUUGCUGGGUCGACUAUGUGUUGAUGAUGACAAUGCCAGGGCUGAGCUCAAGAGAUCCUUGGAGUCUACUACUUCAGACACUCACAAAAAGGCCAAGUCUUUGGAGAUCCUUGUGAAGCAGUUGAAUUGUACAGACCAAGACAUUGUUCUCAGUAUCCUUGACAUGAUCAAGUCAUCAUACGUGUGGAAGUAUAGAGUACUGGCUACAGAACUACUCAUCACUCUUGGGGUAAAGAACGUGUGUCAGGAUCCAGAAGUGGUGGAGAAAGUCUAUAAGAUUUUAGAACGAAGGCUCUGGGAUGAUCCUACCAUUGAGGUGAGAGUAGCUUCUGCUAAAGCUCUGACAGCAUUGGGCAUGUUCAGACGAGCCUGUGACACAAUAGAAAAGCGACUGGAGGACACAGAUGAAGACGCCAGAUCACAGGCUGUAAUCUCUGUGGGAACUCUUGGAAUGAAGAAUGAGAAGAUCACACGUCUGCUUUUGGAGAUGCUGGAGUUAGAUUCCAGUGAUUAUGUCCGUCUUAUGGUUGUAAGGACAUUCGUGACUUUAAAUUCAACAGAGAAGAGGGUGAUUAGAGCACUCCGAGAAAGGGAAAGAGCUGAGGGGGCUCUUGGAAGAGAGGCAAAGAAAGCUGUGGUAACCCUAGAGUCCCUCACCCAACUGCCUCCCCCUAGUCCCCGCCGCACACAGACUCCAGCCCUCAACAACAAGGGUAACAGUUCUCUAGGGUUCUUAAAACCAGUCACAAUGAGUGUUUGAAGGACUUUGAUUAAGUUUGACGUACAAUCAUGACAUAUAGUGAUGUGAAAUUGCCAAGUGAAAAAAAAAUGUUUGAAAUACCACCUCUGAAUAUGUAAACCUUGGACAGAUAUUUUUAUAGACCAACAGUGCUGAUUAUCCUAAAUGGGGUCAUCCCAGGUUGUUUAUGUAUAAAGUAUUACUUUUAACUAAAAUAAAGUGAAUAAUGUUUUCAAGAUUACACAAGAUAAAAAAAAAAGAGUUUGUCCAUGUAUACAAAGUAUUUUGGAAUUACUUUAUAUGUUCAUCUAGAGAUUUUCAUUGAUCAGAUCUAAAAUUUAAUCAAAUACAACAGUGUCCAUUUGAAAUAUUUACCAGUGAGAGUGCAAAUACAGUGUAUAAUAAUCAAUAAUCUACUCUUAUACUACUGAUCUUCAACAGGGUUUGGCUGAAAAAAAAAUCGAUUUGGAAAAAGAAAUUUGAAAUAAAAGUCACUCCUGAUAUUAAAUGGAUACAUCAAAAAAAUUCAAGUUACAUCAAUAUUUCAAUGAAGUAUUGAUGUAAAAAUAAACAUUCUGGUGUGCUUGUUCAUUAUUUAAAAUGAUUUUUGAUAGUUAAUAAACAUGACUAUCAACGUUUUUUUUUUUAAAAUGGAAAUAAGGCAUAUGAAUCAUAUAGGCAAUUUUUAUGACUGUAUAGGAUGAUGUCCAUUGUACAGUACAAGUAUUAUUUUGUUACAGUUCACUUUGUUGUUUUUUAUCACCCAUUUAAUUGUUAUUGUGUUGUCUUUGUUGUAAUAUGCUGUGAUAAAAUUUUUGCUGCUGUCUCUUAAGAAUUUUUAUGCCGAAGGCUACAGUAUCCGUCCUUUAAUUUGCAAUACAAAUUUUAUAUAAAUGUAUGAGAGACAAACACAUGGAAAGAAAAGUUUUGGAUUUAUUUUUUUGUUUAAAUUAAUUUACACAAAUAUAAUGCAUUUGAAAAAUUAUUUAUACAGUGCCUUUUUGAAG